AGCUCUGUUGCCAUUUUGGCUCAAGGUCCAAGUGUGUGACCUCAGCAGGAGGCAGCUGCACAAAGGCCACCUGGACCAGGUCGGCUUUCUGGGCGCUCCAACUCGCCAGGUCGGCUCAGUUUUCCAUGGGGCAGUCGACAUGCCGGCCUUCGCAGCCAGGGAAUCUGAGUGCAGCGCCGUCGCCAGCGCAGUCGCCGCACGACACGGCGUCCCGCAUGUGCUUCGCGGCCAGCCAGGGGGACGACCCCCUCAUCGCGAAGCUCCUGUCCACGGGUGUGUCGGUGAAUCUCUCGGACUACGACCGCCGAACAGCGCUGCACGUCGCAGCAGCUGAGGGCAACCUGUCCACGGUCCAGCUGCUCCUCUCGGCCAACGCCGACGUCGCCGCGGCCGACCGGUGGGGCCACACGCCGAUGGACGAGGCCGCGGCGAACAACCUCCACGACAUCAUGGCGGCCCUGCGCACCGCGGGUGGCGACCACGGGCUGACGCCGCGCGGCGGCGAGGACAAGGCGUCGCUGGGCGACCGGCUGGGGCAAGGGCCGGACAAGCGCCGUCCCUCGAACGACAGCACCGCGUCGCCGGACACUCCUGGCACCGUCGCGGCGGUGCCUGUGCGACGCGUGUCUGGCAUGCAGCUGUGCUGCGCCGCGGCUGCGGGCAACGCCGAGAUGCUCCGAAGCCUGAUCGCCGACGGCGCCAACGUCAACGCCAAGGACUACGACGGCCGCAUCGCUCUGCACGUCGCCGCCGCAUACGGGCACCACGGCAUCGUGCAGGACCUGCUGGGCCUGAGGGCUGAUGUGAGGCACAGGGACCACUUCGGGAGCACCCCGCUCUCGUCCGCUGUGAGCCAGCAGCACGAAGAGGUUGCGGCCACACUGCUCAAGGCCUUGCAGCAAGGCCGUGCCGGCUCUGACGACAAGAAGGACCCCGUCGAGGGCAUGUGCUCCAGCGCCCUGCCAGGGCAGGUCGAGGAGGUGUGCCCGCGGCAGGCCAAUGGCUGCACGAUGAACUGGAUGAUCCAGGAGAAGGAGGUCAAGUUCGGCCCCAUGCUCAGCAAGACGCUCAAGAGUGCCAUCCACACGGCGGAGUGGAGGGGCAUGAAGGUGGUGGCGAAGACCCUGCUGAACGUGCAAGCGGAUGACGGGGACCUCACCAAGGAGGUGCUGCGCGAGAUCGGGAUCCUCUCGACGCUGCGGCACCCCGACCUCGUGAUGUUUCUCGGGGCGUGCAUCUACAGCCCGCAGCCCUUUCUGAUCUCCGAGUACAUGGAGGGCGGGGACCUCGAUCUUUACUACAGCAUGAAGGCCUCCCAGCGGGGCUCCCCCUACAGGCCGCACAUGAGCCUCUUCCUCAGGUGGUCGAGCGCGGUCGCGAGGGCCCUGUGCUUCCUCCACAACUGCUCCCCUCCGAUCGUCCACAGGGACCUCAAGCCCAUGAAUCUGCUCCUCACCAAGAACAACGACCUGAAGGUGACAGACUUUGGUAUCAGCAAGCUCAUGAGGCCGAGCCUCGGGGACCGGGCCCCCCGGAUGUCUGGCGGCGUGGGCACGUGGCGCUACAUGGCGCCGGAGGUGGUGCGCUCGGAGCAGUACACCGACAGGGUCGACAUCUAUUCCUUCGCGCUCAUCAUGUGGUUCAUGAGCACGGGGGUGCAGCCGUUCGUGGACCAGUUCGGGCAGGAUCCGGCGCUCGUCCUCGAGGACUACCUCAAGGGCAGGGAGCCGCGCCCCAGUUUUGCCGGCGGUGCUGGCCUGCUGAGCGGCAACAGGACCACAGCCGCGGCGGUUCGACCCCCUGCUCGAAGGAGUGCUGGCACAGGCGCGCGGCGGCGCGGCCCUCGGCGCACCAGUGCACCGCGCGCCUCGCGGAGGCCACCGUGCACUCCGACCACGGCUCCUGGGCGGCGCGCGCCGGGAAGGUCGUGGGCAGGCUGCGGUAGGCGUCGCCCGUCGUUCCCUCUCGCAGGAGGGCCUGGGGGUGGUGCAGCAGGACUGCCAGGCGGAGCGGUUCCCACGUAUCCGCAAUCUGAAUGGAUUUUGAACAUUGGGCUUCAACAGCCGUGUAUACUUCGGUGGUGGCUCCAGGACAUUGCGUACGUCGUCGGCGACCCCGCAUUUUAUUAUAUUAUAAGUUUUUAAUCCGUGCGCGGACAGGGGGUAAAGGGUGAGGAUUCCCAGCGCCGCCCUGGCUUCAUGGUUCACGGGACCGUAGAUUCAGCACAUUGCGACGCGCGUGUACAUGUUGUUUUUGUGUACCUUUUGGAUCUGCGGCGCUUCUUCACUUGGCAUUACAGUGCGCUUGCGACGAGCUCGGGGAGGCUCAUCUCGGGCGUGCCUGGGUGCAGACGCUAGUGCCUGCCCAGGUUAAGAUACCGCAGUGGAGCUGCUCAUCUUGGAGGGCGCAGGAUGACGGGCAGACCAGCUAUACGCGUUGGGUCAACGCCUUUUUUCUCUCCGCGGAUUGGUGCACAUAUUUGGGGCGCAGCGCGCUUUUCGUCGCAGCACCUUCGAAGUCUGCUGAGUGGGCUUCAAGGUUCGUGUAUGAUGUUGCAAGUUUUGUGAACCUUCCCGUCUUGCACCCUGUGCAUUGAAGUGUGCCGUGGACACAGCGGGGACUCAGUGCAAGAGGCAAACCAAGUACGCUCAAAGCGCUCUUGCAGUUGCACUCGCAGUUCAACCGAUCUUGAUAUUGUGGUCGCUCACAGGGCACCCCUCAACGCCCAGCACCCAGUCAGCGCAUGGCAGAAGGACGCGGACCGCAGGACUCACGCAGCGCGGUUUUGUGACCAGUCGCACUGGUAGUAAGGGCGUCUCACGAGGUCUAACUACUUCCCAACGCGGCGCUUGCCAGAUCUUUGCCUUCUCUUUUCUUCCCACAUCGUCUUGCGCUCGUUUUCCUGCUUCGCAGUCGUGAUGCGCCAUUUUCCUGCUUCACAGUCGUGAUGCGCUUCUCUUGCAGGUAGAUGGCCGCGUCUGCCUUCACCUUGUGAUCGGCUCCCGAGUGGGCCCAGGUCGACUCGCCGGCAGCACUGCCAGUUCGCGCGACCUCUGGCGGAUCUUGCACUGACGCCAGGCACGUAGAAGUGUUUGCGAAGCCGCAGAAGAACAGUUAACGUUUACCCAAGACGGUGCCCGAGGGAGAACAUGUCUGGGCCUGGGUCAAGUCUUUUUGGAGGUGCAAUCGUUGUCUCAGAUUUCGCAGGCAAGCUGCGCGCCCCUCGAUCGAGGGAUGCGGAGGAGACCUGCCUUUUGUAGCCCGUUCGGUCAUUGAACGGGGUCAUUCGUGUCUGGCGCUCGAAUGCUCGAACGAUCAGAUCUUAAUUAUAUGCACCCGCUGCAAAGCGUUUUCGACCCUCGGACAGUUUAAGCAGCUCCGCCAUGAGUGCACCCGCCCACUCGCCAAGGCAGCGGAGUAUUGGUCCAGGGUCAAGCGCGGCUGGCACCCGAAGGAAAGAAUUCGGGUGGAGUCAAUCCCCAUCAGGGAAUAAGGCUGGUGGCUGGCAGGGCG